AUGUUAUCAUCAUUUGAUGGAUAUCCAAUUACAUUCAUAAACGAAGAAAACGAUCAUAAUCUACGUAACGUGAAAUAUUUUGAACAAGUUCAACGUGAGAAUAUUUAAUAAAUUUCAUAUUAUCUAUUAUAAUAGUAUUAUUUUUUUUAAAAAUGAAAGAGUAAAAGGGAAAUGGAGAAAUUGGACGGGGGUAGGUGUGGGAUUGACCAAACCAAUGUUGAGACAGACUCGCACAAUAUAUAAACCCCUUUUCCCCAACUCUUUUUCUCAGCUUGGACGUUCCCUUCUCACAGAGAACUACAAGCUUCACAAAAAAACACUUAAUAAUAUUAUUAUUAACAUUUUCAUUCCCUCAAUUUUCCCAAUAUUCCAUUCCAACCACAUUUUCAUCUCCAAACAUGCGAUCCCUUAGUUCCCCCGCCGGCCUAGACCUCAAAUCCCUAAUCCGGACGCCGCGGGUCGGGCCGGCUCGUCGGGCCAUCCAGUGCAACGUCAAUUCCAGCACGAAUCAGGCUACCGGUAUCAGCUUCGGGUCGGGCCAGGUCGGCCGGGCCCGAUACGAGUGGCAGAGCGCGUGCGCCAUACUCGCCAGCAAAGUGGAAUCGCAGCAGCAGGACACCCAGAAGAGCGGCGCCGACGGCGUCUCCGUCGUCAACGGCCACCCCACCCUCGACCUCGUCCCCGUCAAGGACCAAUCCUCGUCGCCGGCGCCGCUGCGGAAGCCGCUCAGCAUCGCCGAUUUCUCGCCGGCGCCGAUGCACGGCGCGCAGCUCCGGGUCGCGUACCAGGGCGUCCCCGGCGCGUACAGCGAGGCCGCGGCCGGGAAAGCGUACCCUAACUGCGAGGCGAUCCCCUGCGACCAAUUCGAGGUGGCGUUCCAGGCCGUGGAGCUCUGGCUCGCCGACCGCGCGGUGCUGCCGGUGGAGAACUCGCUUGGCGGCUCGAUCCACCGGAACUACGAUCUCCUCCUCCGCCACCGCCUCCACAUCGUCGGCGAGGUGCAGCUCCCCGUCCACCACUGCCUCCUCGCGCUGCCCGGCGUGAGGAAGGAGUACCUCACGCGCGUUAUCAGCCAUCCGCAGGCGCUCUCCCAAUGCGAGCACACGCUCACCAAAUUAGGGCUAAAUGUGGUCCGCGAGGCCGUAGACGACACCGCCGGCGCCGCCGAGUACAUCGCGACGAACGGCCUGCGCGACACGGCUGCGAUCGCCUCCGCGCGCGCGGCGGAGCUCUACGGGAUGCAGAUCCUCGCCGACGGGAUCCAGGACGACAGCGGCAACGUGACGAGAUUCGUGAUGCUGGCGCGCGAGCCGAUCAUUCCGCGCAACGACCGGCCGUUCAAGACGAGCAUUGUGUUCGCGCACGAGAAGGGGACGAGCGUGCUCUUCAAGGUGCUCUCCGCCUUCGCCUUCCGCAACAUCAGCCUCACGAAGAUCGAGUCGCGGCCACACCGCCACCGCCCGAUCCGCCUCGUCGACGACGCCAACGUCGGCACCGCCAAGCACUUCGAGUACAUGUUCUACAUCGACUUCGAGGCCUCCAUGGCCGACGUCAGGGCGCAGAACGCCCUCGCCGAGGUGCAGGAGUUCACCUCCUUCCUCAGAGUGCUCGGCAGCUACCCCAUGGACAUGACGCCGUGGUCGCCGUCGUCCUCCGCCGCCGGGGAUUAGGACAAUUCCGAUCAAUCCCCAUUUGCCCUUCCCUGUGCAUUUCUUUUUCUUCCUCGUGUUUUUUUUGGUGUAAUUGUUGAUUGGAACUGUUACUUUUACAAAAUUACGGACAUGCCCCUGAGGGAGGACCCAAGACCAAGUGUUUAGAUACAACAACCAUUCAAUUGAAAUUGCAUUGGGUAGGUUUGGAUAUUUUUCUACUUUUGGUGGGAUGAGAGGGAAAGGAAAGGUGGGUACAUAUGUAAUUUCGGCCCCUUGAAUAUGUGGGACGUUACGUGUAUUAUUAAAUUAAUUAAAUUAGUUUUGUGUCAUGUGUGUAAA